CAAGGACUUGUAGGAUACUCAAACAUAGUAAAGAAGUGCUACUAUAAAAAGACAUGACCAAAGUCGUAGUAGCACCAGUGCAACUGAAUAUUACCAUUCAAACAGAUGGAUUAAAAAAAAAUUCUUGAAAUAAGUCGUUGUAAAACUUCGCAUUAUCGAUAUUAAUAAGAAAAUCAAUAAUAAAAUAUUGAUGGAAAAUACUUGAGACAAACUGUUAUAGGCCUUCUCUAUUUGAGAUUGUAAUCGAAUUAGUGCCAUAUUAAGUCGAAAAUAUAUUUGUAUUCGUCAUCAUCAAUUUUGACGUGGUAUUUCUUUAGAUUUGAAACCAUAUUUCUGAAUAUACAUACUGAACUAUUAAUGAUUGGAAAUGCAUCAUAAAACAUUGAAAGUAAAUAUGCUGAAAAUUAAGAGUAACAUUGGACCACAGCAAUUGUUUAAUGUCUUUUCAAUUUCACGUAAACGUUAUUAUUCCAAUAUCCAUGUCUCCGUCCGAAUACCUCAAAAACAAUUAGCUUUGCUUUUAAUUGCAUUCGUACUGCUGCAACAUGCCGACUUAUGUAUGUGUUGUCACAUAUCAGCACAUCAUCUAACAACUAGUGAUGACGCACACUAUCUAAUAAACGGGGAACAUUCCACAGGUGGCAAAACGAAAAGUAUUGCCGCUACUGAGAAGAUAAUAAUUAGCAAUACUAGCAAGGGUGAUAUCGAAGACAGACAAACUGUCAACAACAAACGACGUAUUGGUAGUGGUCAGCCUGAGGAAAUUUUUAGUCUUGAUGAUCGGGUCGAAGCCAAUUAUGAUGAGUAUCCGAUGGUAGUACCUAAGCGAGCUGCUCUUUUAUUAGACCGACUCAUGGUUGCUUUACAUCAUGCUCUAGAAAAAGAACGUCGUAAAAUAAGUGAUUUUUAUGCGGAACAGAAUGAUAAAUAUGCCAACAUGAGGGAAGAUAAUAAUCCUAGUAAUGGUGAUGAUUAUGAGCAAAUCAAUGGUAAUCAUAUGUACAGCGAUGAUGAUCCUUCAGUUGUGAUGGAUUACGAUUUCAAAGACCUAAAUUCGAUAAAUCGUGCCACUGGUGAAACUUUAAUGGCAAAGAGCUUUCAGAGAAGAGGAAGCAAUAACUUGGAUUUGGGAGGGAACAUUGGCAACGUCGAAGAUGUAGCGAUGCUUACGGGUGCUGCAACAAGAGAUGACGAUUCUGGUGAUUUAAAUGGUAUUGUUGGUCGAAACGGAAUGGGCAAUGGAGGACGUAUAUACUGGCGUUGUUAUUUCAAUGCAGUAAGCUGCUUCUAAAACUAAAAGUGCUACAAAUAGUUUAAAUGUGAAAUAUAUGUAUUUGGGAAGGCAUAUAUUCGAAUGUUAUAUACAUAAAUAUAUAUGAAGUAGGCAUAUUACAUUACAAAUGUACACGUACACAUUUUUCUCAUACACAUACCUACAUACAUAUAUACCAUGCUUAAAUGAGAAACUAUCAUAAAGACACAAUUCCAAAUUUAUUCCAACGUACCAUUAAGGAUCACUGCUUUUAAUUAUCUAUACAUAUAUUUAUACGGAAUUGCGACGAAUUAACUCAACAUUUCCAUGAAUUACAUACGUUCAUCAUAUUUUCCAUAAUGAUUUGUGCAGAAAAUAAGCAAGUGUGUGCAACCCUUAUAAAUUAUAAUAUAUUAUAGGAUAUAGAUGUGACCCCUAUUUCCAUUCAUGUUAUAAUAAAUUUAUUUGUAAAAAAGUGUUUGAGUGGCUUCUCUUUUGAUUAAUUUAUGACUUUCAUUCUGUUUGUUACCUUAGUAUGUAUUUAUCUACAUAUUGUAGGUAAGGCGUGGGCAAAAAAAUGUACUUUAAUUAUCUACACGAGGAAAUUAUUAUUGCAGAAUGAAGCAUCAAAUGUUUUGAAAGUUACAUGUCUUUAUGGUUAGCAUUACUUAAACAGUUACAUUACUCUUAAAUGUAUAAACC